CCGGGCUCGAGCUGCUCUCCGGUGUGUUCGUGUGGCCGGUUCACUUGUGUGCGCGUGUGUGUGUGUGUGCGUGUGUGAAUGCGAAAAAAGUUGGUGUCGUCUCCACUUUUAAUGUCGUAUUUUCAGUAAAAUUCGGAGAACUUUGGCAGCACAAGCGCCCGGAGGUGGAAGCGAAGGAGGAAAGGACUUUCCAAAACAACGCAGAGCUUAAAGUAGGCAGAAGCCGCGACGUUAUCUACGCAGCAACAUUAAAUGCACCUCUUUAGCGGUUUAGCUUCGGCUCCGAGCUAUUUUCUUGUUGUGUCGAUGAUGAGCAAGUGUCGCUGAUGGAGUUGUAGUCCUAAAUAGCCAUAAAUUCGACGGUGAGGCUGCACGCCACUGAAGUAAAGAUGCUAAAGACUCUGACGAAGAAGCUAAGAAGACACUCACUGAACGAAAUACAUCCUUUUCAGCUGAAGAUUUCUUACCAUGGCAGUGGAGAGGGAGGAGAGAGUGAUGACUCGGAGGGGGAGAACCAGGAGCUUGCACAGAUUGACAGAGAAAGAAGAAGGAAUUGCGCCCUCAUCCCUUUGGCUACCAGCCAGCAACACAACCAAGGUCCAGUCUCCCCAGCCCGCCUCCGCCGCCUCCGCCUCCUCCUAGAUGCCAACCUGGACCGCCACUCUUCAGAGGAAGAACUGGAGCGCAUCAGCUGCGGGGACAACAGGAAGUGGGUGUCUGCUGUCCAGCAGCGCCACGGCGAUCACCACAGCAGCGCGUCCAGCGACGAGGAAGUGCGAGAUCUCUGCGGCUGCGCCUCACCGGCCGCGUCCUCCAGGUCGCUCGUGGAGCCGGGUUCACGCCUGGCCGCCUCCCCCAGCCCUGUACUCUUCAGCUCCAGCCCGCCACACAGUCUCAAGCCACCUCCCAUGCGUUUCCAGCUCCAGGUGGUGCCGCCAGUGGCGAGGCCCAUUAUUUUGACCCACUUUGAGCAGUCUGCACCUUAUAGAAAGUAUCGGCAUAGUUACGGAGGGGAGCAAGGGAGGCCCAGUUUGGAUUUGGAGAAGAUGCAACAGAAAAUGCUGCUGAAGAAGAACUGCGGAGGGAAGACCCGGACCAUCAAGAUUCGGACACUGGCUGGAGGUCGCACCCCUUCCAGGUUCACCUACGACCCGUCCAUCUUUGCCUUCCGCUCACUGAGCACGGUGCCCCCCUGCAGUCCGCUGACUCCCCCCGAGGAUUCGCUCUCUUCCUAGUACUCCGACCCUUGCACUCGCUCAGGUAACCCCUCCCUCCCUCCCUCUCGCCCACGACAAUGGUGUGGACCUGAGGCAGCGGGGAAGAACAUUCAGGCGCCAAGAGGACAUACUGCAUGUUAGACAAUCAAAUGUUGUAACUCCGUAUCCCAAACUCCACUACGUCUGGGAAGGAACCGUGACGCAGUCGUGAUGAUGUCAUUCCGGGGAUGACGAGGAAACAUGGACGUGAAGAUAAUCGAAGUGAACCCAGCGCUGUUUUAUGCGUAGCGUACUUGUAGUGUGCCAUUACUUUCCAAAUAUUGUACCUGUUACUCGUCUGUAGAAGAAAUGUCCUCAUGCCUUGAAACAACAUUCCAGUUGAAGAGUUACAGAUUCCCCUGAAGAGGAAGUCUUUGUGACAUGUUUUUGUCAGUCGUUGCACAAGAUGAUUCAAUAAAUGCCCAGUGGGUUCUCCACGCCCCGAUCACGGUCUCUUCUGACUCAGCAGGGAAGAGUACCACUCAUUUCACAGGUCUGAAGUGGUGCUCCUGAUAAGACAGACUGGAAUCAUGACCAGGGCUCCACCCUCACUGCUAAAGUAAAAAAAAGAAAAAAUGAUGUCAUUAAGGGAAACAUUCAAAAAUACCUUCAUAACAAUACUAAGUGCCCAGUAUACUUGUUCUGUUUGUGAAGAAAAGAGUGGAAAUAU